AUCAUCAACUUUUACUUUAUAAUUAAGAACAUUUAUAAUAAAUAUUUAUUUAGAGAAUCAAGAUAUGUAACGUGAAAAGUAGCAAAUACAAAAAAUGGUAGUUUGUUCAGUUGAGCAUGGUGUCCAAGCGGAUGUAAUAUUUCUUAUAGAAGGAACUGCUGUAAAUGGAGCAUAUAUAAAUGAUAUUAAAACCAGCUACAUAAUACCUUCUUUGGAGUAUUUCAAUCAGGCUAAGAUAGAUGAUGCAAAUUAUGUAUCUGAAAAUGCAAAUUCCAUGUAUGGCAUUGUUGUAUUCCAUGCUGCAGAUUGCUUGCCUCAUCUUAGCACCGAUACAUUUGGUCCAUUUAUAAGCCCUACAAAACUAUUGAGUGCAGUUGAUAAAUUAGAUUUGGCUGGAGGCAAAGGAGAAUCUCAUUCAAAUAUCGCAGAAGGAUUAGCUACAGCCUUACAUUGUUUCGAAGAACUGCAGCAGAAACGAGAAGUGACCACACUUGUGCAGAAACAUUGCAUUUUAAUAUGCAACUCUCCACCAUAUGCGCUUCCAGUUCUGGAGUCCCAUACCUAUUCGGGCAAGACUGCAGAGCAGUUAGCUGUAAUUUUACAAGAGAAAAACAUCAACUUUUCUGUGAUAUCUCCAAGAAAAAUUCCGUCGUUAUACAAAUUAUUCGAAAAAGCUGGAGGUGAUUUGAGUUCUUCUCAAACUAAGAAUUAUGCGAAGGAUCCAAGACAUCUUGUUUUGCUCAAAGGAUUUAGUCUAAAAGAACGGUCUGUAAGUCCACCACCAGGGGCAACGACCACAAGUCAGACACAAAUAACAAAUACUGGUAUGCCGACAAUGACAUCAUUGCCUAGUCCAUUGCAGGGAAGUGAUAGUCCAAUACCAGGUACUACCCAGUCGAAUUCUAACAUUAUGGUUAAUACCACUGCUGGGGUAGGAGCGAAUGUUGGACAGAAUAAUGUUUAUAGACCACAAGGAACCCAAGGUAUGAAUAUGCCGCCGCAAAAAGGAGUAGGUGUAGUAAAUGUACCAGGAGGUCGAAUGAUGGCCAAUAAUCAAAUAUCAAUGAUGCAAGUUAACGCUCCGCCUGGUUAUCAUGCCACAGGACAUGUUAAUAUUAACAGAACAUCUCCCCAUUGGCCAAUGGCACCGCCAAUCCAACAGGUUAGACCAUAUAUUCCACAAACAAACCAACAAGUAAAUACUACACAAGGAAGUGCGCUCAUUGCGCAGCUGACGCAGCCUCCAUCUUCAAUAUCUGGAACUGGUGUAAAUCAGUUUGGUCAAAUGACUACUAACUCUCCAAUUAAUAAGAUAAAUAUGCCUCCACAAUCGAACGUACAGACUUCCAUGCCACAGAAUCAAAUCUCUAUUCAAACCUCAAUGGCUCAAGUAUCGCAAGCAAAUGCUAUUGCAACAUCUCAAGCACAGAUUUCACAGAAUAUGUCCCAAGGAGUUCAAGGUGUCCAAAACGUCCAAGGUGUUCAAGGUGUACAGGGAGUACAAGGGCAACAGCAACCAAUACGCGAAAGACAUACAAUUUGGCAAGGCUUGCUAGAGUGGAUAGAAAAACCAAAAAAUGCCACAGAACAGAAAACUACAAAACAUGUACCUUGUCAAGUGUCCGCAAACUCAAAAGAUGGAGAGCCCGAAUUGAAAGCUGAUGGUUGGCCACAAAAGCUUAUAAUGCAACUAAUGCCUAAACAGCUUAUCGGUAAUAUAGGAGGAGCAUAUUUAAAGAAUUCGAAAUCUGUAUUGUUUCAUCCACAGCCUUGCGACGCCCUUGAAUCUCUCACUAAAGUUAUGAGCUCAGGAUUUGCCGGAUGUGUACAUUUCACAAGUGUUGCACCUUGCGACAUUAAAGUUCUUAUAUUGUUGUAUACGUCGGAUAAAAAGGCAUAUUUGGGUUUUAUACCAAAUGAUCAAGUGGCGUUCGUAGAUAGACUAAGAAAAGUGAUUCAGCAACAAAAAUCAACACAGCAAAUGAGACAGGGAGGACCUGGAGCUCCAAAUAUUAAUCCACAAGUGGGCCAAGUUGGUACUUCUCCACAGAUGUCCGGAGCAAACCCGAUUACUUCUCAAAAUACACAACAGAAUAUGUUGAUUUCUCCCACAAAUAGCAUAUCGAUGGGCGGGGGUCAAAUAACUCAAAACGUUAGUUCUGCAUCACAACCAGUACAAGGAAUGGGCGGUAUCAUAAACCAGAAUGUAUCACAGGGAGGUAUGAGACCAAAUAUUAGGAUGCCAGGUAUUCAGCAAGGAAACAAUAAUCAACCCAACAUGAUGCAGAAUCCUGUACCGAGUUCUGCUCCUUUAGAAAAUCAGCUUGAAGUAGAACGCAGGCACAAUUUGGAAAAAAUAAAUCAGCUUAAACAAACGUUGGAAGCUGCUCAACAACAAGAAAGGCAAUACAAAAGUCAAUUGGAAAAAAUCAGUUAUAUGAAGACUUCUCAAUUAGAACAGGCUUUACAAGCAGCUCAGCAAACUGAAAUGCAUUAUAAAAUGCUGGAAAACCAACAAAGACAACAGAUAGCCACCCAAGGUGUUCAAGGCGCACAACAAGCGCCUACAGCUCAACCUCAGCAGAGACUUAUGAGACCAGUUAUGUCAAAUAAUCCUGGACUACGACAUCUUUUACAGCAACAACCUCAGUAUCGACAGCUUAUCGCCCCAAUGGGAGGGAAUGGCCCUAGGAAUCAAAUGGGUCAACAGAUGCAAAAUCCACCUGGUUCGCAGCAAAACACGUUUGAUGAAGUUGGAAAUUUCGAUUUCAAUAAUAUUAUUUAAGUGUAUUUAUUUCUACAUAUAUACUUUGUAAAUUUUAAUAAAAGAACUAUUAUU